AGUUGCCCGCUCUCUUAAGUCUGUUUCCUCAGUUCACACUAGUCACAGCCAGAGUGACCGCGCAAUUUUAAAAAUUUCAGAAAAACGGAAAAUGGCUGCUAACAACAUUUCACCGGCCAUUCUUGUACUUUUCGGUAAAGAAAGUUGGAAGUUACAUGAACGUUAAAUAGUGAAACGAAGUUAAUUUCAGAUACUAUUAAAUAAUGUGAUCUUUAAAAAAAUAGUGAUGAUAAAGUUUUUUUUUAUUAUAAGCAGUGAGAAGUACACUUAUACCGAUGGAAAAUAAUAAUAGUCAGUGAAGCCUUUUGGAACAAAUUGUACAGUUUUCUUGAAACUAAUGUAUUUAUAAUAAUUUCAUAAAACUGAGAAAUCAAAUUUUUCAAAACCUACGCUAUUAUAUAGUGCCAAGUAGUUUCAAUUUUAGAUUAUUUGAUAUAGUGGAGUGCGUAUUGUUGAAUAUAUAUUUAAUUGAAGAAGGAAUACAAGAGAAUUUGAAAAAUUGCCAAGCAGAUUUUAAAUCAUGGAAUACUUGGUAAGGCGACAGGCCUGUAAAUAACCGGUGAACGUUGUGUCUAAGCUGCAAUUAAGCUUAUAAAACAUGUCUGAAAAAAAAAUUUCAAAAUUAAAAGCACUAGGUAGAAGUGCCAGUACAGAAUCUACAGAUUAUUCCAUAACAAUGGGAAAAUCAGUAAGAAAAAAGAGUAAAAAAAUAAAGCCAAAAGAACGAUGGUUACUCACAAGAAAAACUUGGCGAUACAUGGCCGAUGCAGGUAAGAAACUUAUACCAGAUGGAGCCCAAAAUCGACCAGAAGAUAUACCAAAAAUAGAAGCAUAUUUUCAAGAAGUUUGCAAAAAAGAACCUCGAUUCCUCUUGUGGCGAAAAAACUCCUAUCCAGGAGCUAUAGGUUUUCGUCCGAAAAAGAAAAGGGUCUCCAGAAAAGGGGGUAGUUGCAGAAAUGCCAUAUCAGCAGACGAGGUUAGCUUAGGUAAACCAGAUAAACCGACAAGGCCCACACAUCUUGCUAUAGAAGAAACUACAACAGGAAAAUUUGAUGUUCGUCGACUGAAAGAAGAAUUUCUCAAUCGCAAUGGUACUCCUACAGGAUUUUCGAGCUAUGAUCAGAAGAUGAGUUCACCGGAUAAUCCAGAAGAAUCUACAGAAGACAAACAAUUAAUAAAUAUGUUGGAACAAUACCUCUCAUUAAAUAAAGAAGAGUCGGUAGUAGAAAAAUCAAAAGCAGAUUUCAAUUACCAAGAUUUAGUAGAUAAAUUACAAAGGCAUUUAACUAUACACGGUGGCGAGUACUAUGGUGGUACUCACUCACCUUAUAUACCCAGUCAGCACGUUCAUUUCGAAGGAGAUCAUAUGCAAAGAUCUCUCCUUGAUACACUGAGUAGGUAUUACAGUCAAUCUAAUAACAGAGACAAAGUUAUAAGUGAUUUGUUAACAGAUAGACGAGCUCUAGAGAAAUUAUAUUUUGAGCUGCGUAAAACGAAAGGCUUUAGGGGAAGCAGAGGAGGUACGGGAUAUACUACAUCAUUUGCUUAUGGACCUCAAAGAAGUAAUUAUGAGAAUACGUCUAAAUCUAGAUUAUUAGAAGACAGUCCAUCGACGUCCGUACAUCCUCCUCCAUUGAUAGAGGUACAAAGUGCGACAACCGAAACUUUAUACCACAACUGGGCAACACAAACCUUGCCAAUACCCGAAAUCGUUCUACAAAAAAUUGAAGAAGAAUAUAAAAAGAAUCAGGAAGAUAAAUCGGAUGAAGCACCUAUUAAAGAAAGCAAAUCAUUCCGUAGAAGAAGUAGUGUAGAUAACGACGACGUAUCUCAAUCAGUUAGUGACACAAUCAAGAGGUACCUGAGAAUGGCGCGUAAAAAAAGUGUAGAUGUGGACAAAGUGGACAGAUUUAAGAGAGUGAAUUAUGACAGAAAUUUGAGAAAUAUCAAAGCUAAGGGUGAGAUAACGAAACCGGGAGAUGAUGACGGUCUAAAUAAGGGUUGUCAAACGAAUGAUGAUUGGAUUUUAACAUACCGCGAUUUGAAAUUUUCCGAUUUGUAUGAUGUUUCCGAUGUCGAUAGUAGAUUUUCGAGCUCGAGAAGUAGUAUGGACAUAGGGGUUGUAGAUGAGGGUGCCAAAUCUCUUCCCUCAUCACCUCCCUCUGUAAAAAGUGGGCAAUCUUUUCUAAGUCAUUUAUUACAUGGUAAACACGAUAAACAUGAUAAAAGUGAAAAAACUUCUUCAGCAGUGGCCAGCGGUGCGACCAUGCAAAAGAGCAAGUCCUCUUCAAGUGUGAUGCAUCAUGGAAGCAGGUUGAUGGCCAAGAAAAUCUUCAGGUCGAGGUCCAAGAGUCAAACCAGGUCAACCCAUCCUUGUAGUUGGACUCCUCAGGGAAGCUGCAUAUGGGGCAACACGUCAGGCAGACAAGUUAUUUUGGGUGAUACUUCUUUACUAAAUUUGACUGACAUAGAGAGGAAAGUAUUGCAGAAAGUAGCCAUUGCGAAGCUGCAGGCAUUAAAUUUGGGGGUCAACAUCAAAGUGCCAACUGAUAUUGGUGGAGUUUCUGCGAAACCUAAGAGGAGACCUUAUUUGCUCAAAAGGAAAGCUUUAACUACUGGAAUCUUUGAUGCCAGCAGGAAAGAAGCAGAAAAAGAUAAAGAGAACAGUGGAUCACCAAGCGGAUUAGUAUUCGGCAUUCCCAUAUCUCAAUGUGUCGAAAAUGACAGACUAACGAGGGCGGCAGCUGGCACUAGUCCAUUUCGGAGCAGAGGAGAACUUUCCGGAUCCGGAGAUGAACCUGCCAAGAUUGGGAGACAUGGGUCACGAUCCAGUUUCAGUUCUCUUAUCGAUUCACCUAGAAAUGAGGAGAAAGGUUCGUGUGAAAAUCUCGUUCUGCAUAAAAGAAUGGUGGGCAGUGUGCCAGGAUUACUGGAUUCGAUAUCCUGCAGUUCGAACGCCGAUAUACCUGCCGCCGCAAUGGAAGAGGAAGCUGCAGUUCCAAAUAUUCUAACGGAAUGCUUUAGACAUUUGGAGCAAAACGGAUUACAUACCUUGGGAUUAUUUAGAGUCAGUACGUCAAAAAAGCGAAUUCGACAAUUACGAGAAGACUUUGAUUGUGGCAAAGAAACAAUGUUGGAAAAUGAGCAAUGUCCGCAUGAUGUGGCGACUCUCUUAAAGGAGUACCUUAGGGAUCUACCCGAUCCAUUGCUUUGCAGAGACUUAUAUCAAGCGUUUGUUCAAACACAAAAAAUACGUAAUAGAAGACUGCAAUUGGAGGCACUCCAGCAUCUAGUUCAACUCCUUCCAUCUGUAAAUAGGGAUACCCUUUACGCUCUUCUUAGUUUUCUAGCGGUUGUUGCGAAAUACGCCGACGAUUCUAAAAAUGAAUCAGGAGAAAUUAUAUUGGGAAACAAAAUGGACUCAAAUAACCUUGCGACAGUUUUUGCUCCCAAUAUUUUACAUUGUAUAAAACCGGGUAGCAAAGAAAUAUCUGACAAACCGGAGGAUAGAAUUGAUAUUAUCAACGUAGUACGGACCCUAAUCGACCAUUAUAAAUCUCUUUUUACAAUAUCGGCUGAAUUGCUGGACGAAGUUUAUCUUCAUAUGAUGGAUUCUCAUCCCGAGGAACUGGAUAUUCUUCUUAACAAGAGAGAUGGAAGUACUGCAGCUGAUGAAUCUGUCGAUGAAUUAGACAGUGAAAGUAACUCUGCACCAUGGACUCCAGUAACAUUAGCACAUGAUCCUCCUCUAGAUAGCAUAUUUGAUAGUAAGCUGACUACAGAACAGAAGAAAACUUACUCUAGAGAAGAAUGUCUCCAUGAAGCUGCCGCAACAGGAGGACCAAAUAUUGGAAUGAGAAUUAGGCAUAAGGACCGCAUCCGAGAAAAAAGCUAUCGAAGACGCCGAGAAAAAGCAGAAGACGGCAAAGAAGGGAGCCUAACCUCAUCUGCCUUCACCAUAAUUUCCCGAUUUCGAAGUCAAAAGGAUGAGGACUACUCCUACAGUAAAAAUCGAUCAUCAUCUAUCGAAUCUACCAGUUCUACCCACACGGAUGAUAUGGCCAGAUUAGCAAAAAGCAGCGAUGAAAUAUAUGAACGGCGGAAAUCGUCACCGUACGUUUUAAAUAACGUAGGUGUCAUAACGGCUAGUUUAACUAUACCCGUCCAUUCGCAGAAUCAAUCUUUAUCUUAUAAUGUUGACGAUGACAUUCCUUUCAUAGAAGAUGGAGAUAACAGCCGGCAGCAAAUGACUGUAGGUCUCAUUCGAACGCCCACAGCACCUCCAAGGAAGAGAAAUCCUUCUAUAGAUAGUGAUUCAUCAGUAACUUCAAGCGUACAACCUAUUACCAGAUCUAUAUCAGUGGUGCCGGGCUAUGAUUCUGCUAUUGGAUCAACUACAACUUAUUCCAGUCCAAUACAAAAUACGCCAACUUCUAUUUCGAGUAGUAUAGCCGAUGCGGGAGUAUACAGCUCACCACCAUCGUGGACUUCUAGUCCUCCUACAUCUCCUGAUAGUACCAGAACCUCAGUUAACUACAUACCUGAUGACGUUCAAUCCUCAAAAGCGGUUAUCAAGAUAUUGAAAAGUAAUAUUGUCCGAGAAAACGCACCCACUCUACAAAAAGUAUCAUUUUCAUCUACUCAGGAAGUUCAGCAGCUCAAAGAGAGUAAAGAUCCUUCAAAAACAUAUCAGAGGGAGGUUUCAUUUAGCAAACAGAAGGUUACUACGCCCUCGGCUGAAGUAGAGCGAGAGCCGAGGUUUACUCCUAGUAUUACCAGUAUUGGAAAUGCUGUUUUACGAUCAAAGACUGCAGAUUUUGAGAGAAUUAUGAAAGAUACCAAAAGUAAGCCUAUAGCAGUGUCAACAAUUGAAAAAGAAAAGAAAAAGUAUACAAAAAGGAGGUACACUGAUUCUAGACAUCAAACAAGGCACAUACCCGAUGCUGAAACCUUAGAAUCUGCUUCGGCGCAAAACAAACGCGAAGAGAAAGCUAAUAAUUCACAAAGUGGACCUGUUUAUAAAAGGAGGGAACUUAUUUCGAGUGUCCCUGCUAAAUAAUUUAUAUUAAAUGAAUAAUAAAUGUGUUCAGAAUUUAUGUAUAUAUUGAAAGUGAUAUGUGUAUUAGAUCUAGUCUUACAUAGUGUUUAUUGUCCUCAAAAAUUGUUAUUUAUUUUUUAAGAAAGUAUGUUAAAAAGUUGAUGAUGUAGGAAAUUAAAUUAUUGAUCAACAA